CACUAACCAAAUAACCUUUUUACCUUUUUACUAAAAUUCCCACAUCUUAUCGCACUUCGCUUGAAUCUACACCAAUUUUCCAUUAUCUUGAUUUUUUGAAUUUUCUACUUUAUAUUUGAACCGAAAAUGGUGGUUACUCGCAGUUCAGCCAGGAUGAAGCAGAACCAACUGGUGACUUUAUCUGACCAGAACAUCGUAGCAGAAUCUUCGAGGACCAAAGAACCUCCCAAAAAGAAUAUAAAGAAACUUCCGGCUGGACGUCAGUGUGUCAAGGUGACUGCAAAUCUUCUGGAGGAACAAGCAUCUAAUGAAAAUGAAAAAACAGGCACAAAAAAGAAGGAUGGAAAGCAACUGGACUCCAAAUUGAGUUCCACAGUCCAAAGUCCAGAAGCAGAGAGGUCCAUAGAAUCUUCCAGGUCCAAAGAAACUCCUGCGCCCAAGAAGAAUGUGAAAAAAACGCCGGCUGCACUUCAGUGCGUCGACGCGGCUGCAAAUCUCCUGGCGGAACAAUCAUCUAAUGAAAUGAAUGAGGAAAGACCCUCUGCGCCCAAGAAGAAUGUGAAGAAACUGCAGGCUGCACGUCAGUGUGUCAAGGUGGCUGCAAAUCUUGUAGAGGCACAAGAAUCUAAUGAAAAUGAAAAAACAGGCACAAAAAAGAAGGUCGAAAAACUACCGUCAUCCAAAAUGAGUUCCACAAAUCCAGAAGCAGCGACCAAAGAUAAUGCAAAUCCAAAUAUGAAACCAAGCCUAAAGAAGUCGACAAAGAAGCAAAAGUCUCAAAAAGCUGGAAAAGAUCGAAAAUGAAGCCAAAUAAGUUGUAUCACGUUGCGUUAAUUGUUCUUGUUUUUGAGUUAAGUUUCAUAAUUGAUGUUAGUUAAACAGUUCUUUUUCUAAACAAAAACCAAAAUAACGGGUUUUCUAAUAAUAAAGAA